GUCCGAUAGCGGAUACUCUCCCUAACCUAGCCGGAGUGAUCUCGGAAUCUCACAUUGGCUGAUUGAGAGAUCGAACAGAUCGCGGGCAAAAGCUGCUGGCGCAAUGAUCCGGGUGCGGUGUCUCCGCGGCGGUAGCAGAGGAGCCGAGUCCGCUCAUUUCCUAGGGAAUCUGGUCCGUCGAACUGUGGCGGGAUGGGUGCAGAAAUCUUUCCAAAGCACCCAGGCUGCCGCCGCUGCCACAGCCAGCGAGAACUCCUCUGUUGCAGAUCAUAAGGAGAAGGCUGAAGACUGUCCAGUCUGUUCCUACAAUGAGUGGGAUACUCUGGAAGAAGUGAUUGUUGGGAGGCCAGAGAAUGCAUGUGUGCCCCCUUUUACAGUGGAAGUGAAGGCAAAUACUUACGAGAAGAAUUGGCCCUUUUACCAGAAGUACGGUGGUCACAGGUUUCCAAAGGAGCAUAUGAAGAAAGCAGUUGCUGAAAUUGACGAAAUGUGUAACAUUCUCCUUGGGGAGGGAGUCAUUGUCAAGCGUCCAGAGCUCAUUGACUGGUCUGAGCAUUACAAGACACCAGAUUUUGAAUCUACAGGAAUGUAUGCUGCUAUGCCAAGAGACAUAUUACUGGUGGUUGGGAAUGAAAUCAUUGAAGCACCAAUGGCAUGGCGUGCUCGCUUUUUUGAAUAUCGAGCAUAUCGGCAUCUCAUCAAAGAUUACUUUCUACGGGGAGCAAAGUGGACAACUGCUCCCAAACCACAAAUGUCUGACAAACUCUAUGACAUGGAUUACCCCAUACACUCGGUGGAGGACAGAAACAAACUGGCCGCUGAAGGAAAGUUUGUAACCACCGAAUUUGAACCGUGCUUUGAUGCUGCUGAUUUUAUGAGAGCUGGGAGAGAUAUAUUUGUCCAAAGGAGCCAGGUGACUAAUUUGCUGGGGAUCGAGUGGAUGCGCAGACAUCUUGCACCAACUUACCGGAUUCACACACUUUCUUUCAAAGAUCCGAACCCCAUGCACAUUGAUGCAACCUUCAAUAUCAUUGGACCUGGCUUAGUGCUGGCAAAUCCAGACCGUCCCUGUCACCAGAUCGAGAUUUUCAAGAAAGCUGGUUGGACAAUCAUCUACCCACCGAGUCCUCUCAUCCCUGAUGAUCAUCCUUUGUGGAUGUCUUCCAAAUGGUUAUCCAUGAACGUUCUGAUGUUGGAUGAGAAGAGAGUGAUGGUUGAAAGGGAUGAGACGACAAUUCAAAAGAUGUUUGAGAAACUAGGAAUUGCAACAAUUAAAGUGGCCAUCCGCCAUGCGAAUUCCUUGGGUGGGGGCUUCCAUUGCUGGACAUGUGACAUCCGUCGCCAUGGCACUCUCCAAUCUUACUUUGACUGAAUAUUGAAGGGGAUCAUGUCACUAAUAAUUAAAAGGCUAAUGAAAAAUUGAUCUUUAUUUCAGGGGCCUGGAAUACAAAGAGAUGAAAAUUUUGUCUGUUAAAUGUGGUGUUCAGUUCUGGUAAAAUAGGUUUCAUAGACUAGGCUUAUACUAACUUAAUGACAGAAGAUAAACAUUAAUUAGGGUGUUUAAGAAGAUUGAAGAAAGUGAUAGAGCAGGUUGAGUAAAAUUCUGCUUGGGGAGUCUUAAACAUGUGGAUUCAACAAUUGGGGGUAAUUCCAGGAAACACUUCACUCAAGUGGGUGAGUUAUAGAAUGAGACAGCAUUGGAGGCCACUUGCUCUAUUGUGCCUGUGUCUGGUAUUUGUAAGAACAAGACAGUUCCUCACUGUCAUGCUUUUCUUCCAUAACCCUGACCAUUUUAUCAUUCAAAUAUUUAUCAAUUCCUUUUUUAGAGUUCUCGCUAAAUACAUUUCCACAUGUUGAUAGACUAUACUGAAGAACAAGAGCAAAGAACAAUACAGGACAGGAACAGGCCCUUUGGCCCUCUAAGCCUACACCGACACAUUUUGCUCUUCCAUUCUAAAUCUGUCCUCACUUACAGGAUCCGUAUCCCUCAAAAUUGUAUAUUGUACAUCACAACAACUCACUGUUAAAUUCUUCUUCCUCAUUUCGCAUCUAGUUCUUUUGCGACCUGUGUUAAAUCUAUGCUCUUGAGUUACUAAUUCUUCUGCAAUGUCUACAGUUUCACUUUGUUUACUGUAUCAAAACUCUACCUGACUUUGAACACCUCUUUCAAAUCCCCUCUUAUCCUUCUCAGCUCCGGAACACGAUAUCAGCUUCUCCAGUCUGUCCCAUCUGAAGUCUGUCAUCCCAGGACCCAUUAUAACAAUGCACUCUUCCCAAGGCCUCAAACUCUUUCCGAAAGCAUGGAAUGUGUUUUGUACUUGCUUUUGUAUUUCAUGCCUCUAUGAAUAAAGCCAAUCAUCCCGUGUGCUUAUGUCACAGCCUCUCAACUUGUCUUACUAACAUCAAAUGUGACGUUAGUACACUUUCACCCCUCACCCCCUUUCUUUAUUCCUCCACUCCCUUUAAAAAUAUGCCUUUUAAUUAUCUUGCUCUUUUACCAUCCUUCCAAUGACAACAAAUCACGUCAUUGUGUUGUUGAAAUUAACUGGUUCCUCAGAGAAGCUAGAUAUGAAGAAAUUGUUGUUGUCAAGGUUAGUAAUUGAUCUCAUUGAAUAUUGGAAUAAGCUUGAUGGCUGCAGUGGCCUCGUUACUUUCCUAUGAUAGUUCAAAUUGGGUCUGAACACAAACAUAAGCCUGUGAAUCACUUUGGUAACGCACAUGCAUGAACUAUAGGUUUUUUUUUGGGCAGUGCCUUUUUGCUUAAAGCAUCCUUUCAUCAUUUAUUCUCCCUUUAAGAGAAUGUGUUAAAAUUGCCUUUUGAUCUGCAACAGAUGACCUCUGGCUAGUUUCCAAACAUUUCCUCCUCUUCUAAUGAGAUUGGCAUUACAAAUUUCCACUGAGAAAAUAAUCAGUUGUUUCUGGGUAAUUGUGAGGCUACACCUGGUCGUCACUUUACGGAUGACAUUCUCAUGACUGGAAAUUUGGUCAGUUACUACAGUGGAUCAUUUUAUAUUUUUAUUAAAUUGACAAAUAUUAUCAAGGACCAUGUUUGUAUUUGAUGUUUGAAUUGGCAAUUGUACAAUACCGGUUUAAAUACAAAAUAUUUCUUGUCUCAAUUUGACAGCUGAAUAAGGCAAAUGGUUUGCCAACUUUUGUAAAUCUCAGUACAUACGCUGCUCAGUGCCAUCUGAUGCUGAAACCACAUCUUUUUAUGGGCAAUGACAGAACACCCUGUAUAAUUGUUGCUUCACAAUGACAUCUCUGCACUUGACUGAAGAUCCUAAAAUGAUUGCAAAUAUCUUGUGUAAUAUUCAAUUAGCCGUAUGUGGGAUUCCUCUUUGUGAAGCAAUUUUAAAAGUUAGUGAGUGUUUUGAAUAAGAGUUCGAUACUUUUUGCCUUCAACUAAUUUGUUUCCGGUCUCAAAGUGUCCCUUCUACACUUUGUUUGAAUGCUUUAGUCAGUUGAACCCUGGAACUGGUUGCCACACUGUUCCUCAAACACUGCUAGAAACUAAAAGUUCUGCAGUAAUUUUCUGUUUAGAAAUUAUUUAAAAAAUGAUUUAUUCGCAAAAUUAAAACUCUAACCGGAAAGCCGGAGACUAGACACGGUUUUGACAACCCCCGUCCAGGAGUGGGUGCUGCAGCCGGAGUGAGUGUAAUGCGCUUGGUAUCCCAGAUUUUGGAGUUAACCCUUCCUUAGCGAAAAUCAGAAUUUUGUUGGAAAAUCUCAGCUGGUCUGGAAGCUUCUAUGGAGUGAAAUCAAAGUUAACAUUUCGGGUCCGGUGACCCUUCCUCAGAACACUUAACCCUUCCUUCGCUCACUUGCUGGAAGAAGGUUUUGCAUUUUGUUUUUGGUCCUCUGGUUUUUUUGUAGCUUGCACAUUUUUAUGUGCAGAAGGCAACCGAGUCUGAGAUUGAUUUGAUAUCCACUUCUUGGGAGCAACUUCCGACAGUGAAAUUUGGGAAUUUAGUCCUUGCCGCAGACACAAAAAACGUCGCCCUGGCCUGACCCCACUCCCUCCUGGCAACCUCCAUCGGGCACAUCACUCGUUCCCUGGCUCUGUUUGAUUUAGUAGCGAUACGGUACAAACAACAUUUGUUCCGCUGUAUUGAGAAUCUGAUAUUCUGGGUGGAAAUGAGGUUUAGUAUGGAAAUAGUUCAAUGGUCUGUUCGUAUUUUGCUGCAAUGUGUACUUUGUAAGUGAUUUUUAAUUAUUUUGUUUUUCUCAAUAAAAGCUUUAUUGCAUCGUA